CAAUUAAAGAGAUCCACCUGUCUUGUCCAUUACUCAAAUCAUCAUCCUAUUCAUCAUCAUCAACUUCUUCUUCUCAUCUUUCUGUCGCUCUCUUCUUUAUCCACGAUUCAAUCUUUUCUGAAUAUUUUAAAUCAAUCACUGAUUGUUUUCUUCCUUCUAGGGUUUCGAAAUCAGAUUCUCUACUUUGCUUCUCUCUUCUUCUUCGCAUUGAUUGUGCGGACAUAGCGAUCUCUGCUCUCUCUUCUUUUUGAGAAUAUAAAUUAGGGUUAGGGUUUCAUUCAUUUUGUUUCUAGAACUCAAAUGUGGAGUAUAGUUCUUGUUAGAUAGUAUGGCACAAACGUCUACAGCAGGCUCUGCUUAUCUCUCCGCUCUUACCCAACAAAUUCAGAAAAAACUCCAAAGGGCGAUAGUUUCUCAAGAUCAAAGACUUAACUUGUUGCAAGAACUAUUUGCAGAUAUAGCUUUAGAAGUUGAUAUUCGAGCACGAGAUAUAAUUCUUAACAAGGAUGAAGGGGUACUCUCUCCAGCGGAGGAUGAUAUUGAAACUGAUAACCAUUUGUGCUUUUACGAUGUGCUCGCUGAUCAUUACGUUAAGGUUCCCGAGAAUGGAAAACCCGUCCUUGAUUUGAUUGUGCAACUCUGGAGUCAGUCAUUUGCAUCUCACAUAUUUUCCCUCCUUUUCCAUAAAUGGUUGUUCGAAGUUGAAAUUGAACAUACAGAAGUCCGCCUUCGUUAUUCAUCUGCUCUUGUAGAAGGUGCUUCAAAUGUCUUUUGGAUUGACAUCCAGACAAAUAAGAGGCGUUUCUUCUCUUUGUUCUAUUAUCUUCUUGAGGAUGUUGCACUGGUCCCCAAACGUCUAAGCAAAAUUCCGGUGCAGGCUCAACGAGAUUUGUUUCUUCUACUAUCCAGGUUUAUAUUCUUUUACAACUUAGAUGACAGGCUCGAAACAUUUUUAAACUAUUAUCCAGUUUUUCCCAAUGCUUUUCUGGUUGGUGGUCCUGCAGAUUUUUUUGUUAUUGAGCUAACUGAUCAGGUUCAGAAGUUAAAGGUUGAGCCUGUCUUGCUACAUUACUUCUCUCAGAUGAGAGUCCUUCAAGGUUUUGAGCUGAGAAUGACGUCAAGCACACGGCUAAAGGCUUGCCUCUACAGCUUUACAUCCCCUGGUGGUCCAAUGUAUCCAACACGAGCUGUGCGACAUGCGGCCUGGGAAGCAUUGGAUUUUCUUUUUCCUGUCGGUAGGUAUCCGCGUCAUCUCAUAAGCAUGUUUUUUAGGUUGCUAUAUCCAUGGUAUUGGCCUUCUUCCUGCUGGAAUUUUAUAUUAGAAUGCAUCGCAGCUAUAUUUUAUUCUCUGUUGGGGUAUGUCUUCUCUGGUUGGGAGAAGCUGAGGAGACCAAAGACCACAUAAAAAGCAAUUUAAACUUUCCGAGAUGUAUAGAACAGGCCUUCGUUUUUUGAAUGGCCAAAACAUGCGAGACACCUCCAUGAUGUAUACCUUGUGUAUGUCUUGUGUUUCCCUUAUUCUUUUCCUUUUCCGAGCGAAUGUUGUUUGUUGUUGUAAUGGUGUAUCAGUUUCAAUAUUUCCUUUCUUAUGGGAUGAGUUGGAACUUUUUUGCUUC